AUGUAGGAAGUCAAAUCUUUAAAUUAAUAAAAAGAAAAUUAUAGUCUAUCUGACUUUAAUUUCAGAAAUAAAAGAAUGCCUACUAUUUAAGAAUUAUUAACAAGUUCAUUGAAUCCAUUAGAUACUGAAUUAAAUGGCAAAAUUAAGAAAUCUAAAUAAUUAACUAUAGCAGAUGCACUUUCAUCAAGAAUUAAAUUACUUAAAGGUUUUUGGAGUUUAAUUGUAUAAUGUCUAUAGUAACCAUUUAAUACUGAAUCAUAAAAAUAAAUUACAAAUCAUAUUGAAAUUAUUAUAAAAAGAUAGGAUAUUGUUAUUUAAGCAAGAACUAUGAGAAAAGACAUGUCAAAUUAUUAAAGUACAACUAUUCUUAAACAUCUCAAUCUAUGA